AUGCUCCGUUCACUGAUAUCCAGUGCGAGUACUACACAAGAAUGGGCCGGUCGGAUUUUAUUGGCGAAUAGUGGGUACAUCAGUCAACAGAGAGGCCGCCGAAGAACUUUGACACCAGUUCCAUGGCUUCCACCUAUAAAAGAACAUAUUCCGAAAAACAGUUUCGACCUGAGCCAAAAAACAAAAAAUCUUCUGGACAAUGUCAUAAAAAAGGAAACACUUGCCGCCUCAGCAUUGGCACGUAGCGAUUCUCAAGAAACAAAUGUCGCCAUCAUCGAUAUUCCCCAUUCGUCUCGUCGUGUCGGUCUCGUUGUCCGGAAAAUUGGAAUGCUUCCUCAGUGGACGAAUGAUGGGAACCGGAUUCUUUGUACUGUUCUUGAAGUCGAUGAAAAUCAUGUUGUUAGUGUGACAUCACCUGAUUCGUGGUAUAAAGCAUCAGCAGUAGGAAAAAGAAAAGCUUUCAAUCGACAUGGUCCAAUGUGGAGAGUAACAGUUGGUGCAGGGAAUGAUGAUCCCACCAAAUACACAUUGGCGUAUCGCAGGCAGUUCGCUAGAGCUGGAGUUCCAACAAAAGAAAAACUUGGAUGUUUCUUGGUAACUGAAGACGCUCUACCACAUGCUGGACAGCCAUUGGAUGCUCGCCAUUUUGCUGUCGGUCAGCAUGUUACCGCUACCGGAAAAACGAUCGAUUGGGGAUUUCAGGGAGGUAUGCAUCGAUGGGGAAUGCGUGGACAACCUACCAGACGAACAACCAAGUCGCAUCGAAGAAUCGGUUCAGUGGGAUCUGUAGGAGAUGCAAGAAUCUGGCCGGGCAAAAGAAUGCCAGGACAUAUGGGUUACGAGUGGAGAACGGUUUCUGGUCUUGAGAUUGUCCGAAUCAACAACGAUAAACAAGUAAUAUAUGUGAAAGGAUCAGUGCCUGGCGACAUUGGCGAAACACUUUUACUCAAGGAUUGUCUUCAGGAUGAAAAACGGUUAAAGUCCGGGCCAGUACCAACAUGGGCUCCAACGCUCGAAACCAUUCAAGAAGAAUCCGAACUGUCGCCUGACGAAAUAGUUGUGCCAAAAAAUCUACUUUUCAACGAAACUUUUUCUUCAAAACUUUUUCGAUUCACGUCUCCAUCUAUAGUUUUCACUGAUGCUGAUGCCAAGAGAGCAACAGGAAGAGAUAAGACCAAAGCUAAAAUUGCGAAAGUUAAAAAAUGA